AUGGCGAAAGAUAUUGAAUCAUUCAUUGGGUCGAUCGACCAAGGCACAACAAGCUCCAGGUUUUUGAUAUUCAACAAGAACGGAGAGGUGGUUGCAUCCCAUCAGUUGGAGUUUACCCAGAUAUAUCCACAGCCGGGAUGGCACGAGCAUGAUCCGAAGGAGAUAGUGACAUCUGUAGAGAGGUGUAUAGACGGUGCUGUAUCCAGCUUUGAACACCAAGGAUACAAUGUUGAAUCUAUUAAAGCUGUCGGGAUUACAAACCAGAGAGAAACCACAGUCGUGUGGGACAAAGAGACAGGGGAGCCGCUUUACAAUGCAAUUGUUUGGACGGACACACGUACGCAGUCGUUAAUUCGCAGGUUAAAGCGACGGUUAGGCCAUGGGGAGGUCCACGAGCACUGUGGGCUGCCUCUCUCGACCUAUCCUUCGGUAGGAAAGCUACUUUGGCUUCUGGAAAAUGUGCCCAAAGUUAAAGAUGCCUAUGAAAAAGGCGUUCUUGCUUUUGGAACAAUUGAUACCUGGUUGGUAUAUAUGCUCAAUGGCGGACCGAAAAAGAAUGUAUUCGUGACCGAUCCGUCAAAUGCGUCGAGAACGAUGUUCAUGAACAUCAGAACUCGCCAGUACGACGAAACUCUGAUCGACUUUUUCCGGUUAGACGAAGGCAAAUUACAUCUCCCAAAAAUAAUAUCCUCGUCUGAUCCAACGGGAUAUGGGUCGCUGGCAUCAACUGUUUUAAAAGGUGUUCCUAUUACGGGCUGCCUUGGGGAUCAAUCUGCAGCCCUUGUAGGCCAGAAAGGCUUUACUCCCGGAAAAGCCAAAAACACGUACGGCACGGGCUGUUUUUUGCUCUAUAAUGUGGGUGAGAAGCCGGUGAUAUCUCGUCACGGUCUUCUCACCACAGUCGCAUUCGACUUUGGUGGUCAAGCGAUGUAUGCACUGGAAGGCAGUAUUGCCGUGGCUGGCUCGAGCGUUAAAUUCCUCAAAGACAAUUUCGAAUUCAUCAGUUCAUCUGACGAGGUCAACAAGCUGGCGGAGACGGUGGAAGACAACGGUGGAUGCGUCUUUGUUACCGCGUUCAGCGGUCUUUUCGCCCCGUAUUGGAUGGAUGACGCCAGGGGAACGAUCUUCGGCAUCACCACAUAUACAAAGCGUGGACAUAUCGCCCGUGCAACCCUGGAGGCGACAUGUUUCCAAACAAAGGCCAUUCUCGAUGCCAUGUCCAAGGACAGUGGCCACGCCCUAACAGAGUUGGCUGUGGAUGGUGGGAUGUGCAAUAGCGACUUGACGAUGCAGACACAGGCAGAUCUCAUCUCUAUCCCAGUUAUUCGGCCGGCAAUGCGUGAAACCACUGCUUUUGGAGCUGCCAUUGCCGCAGGUUUAGCGGUGGGACUCUGGGAAGGCAUCGAGGAACUGCAGAAUGUAAACACGGAUGGGCAAACCGUAUUUAGACCAAGCAUUCAAAAAGAAGAGGCUGAGGAACGUUUUUUGAGAUGGGAGAAGGCCGUCCGAAUGUGUCAGGGGUGGUCAGGCUGA